GUAUGCAACAAAAAGGAAGACAAAGCAAGCAAACAAGUCACACGCGAAAGAACAACUUUUAGCUAGUAUUCUGGUUAGCGUGUCUCCUUUGAAGAUUCCUUAUACUUGUAAUGUCCUUGUUAUCUAAAGUAGUCCGAUGCAUGCGCACCAUUGCACCCCUUGAGCUAGCUGAGACCUCUUGGGACAAUGUCGGUGUUCUUGUUGAGCCACCAUUUCCUUUGCCAACCUUUAGCAAGGUUUUUCUCACAAUUGACUUGACGCCUCAAGUUCUCGAUGAAGCUUUGUCUGACCCAAAGGUCGGUACAAUUAUUGCCUACCAUCCCCCAAUCUUCAAAGCCAUGAAGCGCCUUACUUCAGCAGACGUUAAGCAAGACAUGAUCAUGAAAGCAAUUGCCCGCGGUGUAGGAAUAUACUCACCACACACCGCCUGUGACAACUGUGUCAAUGGAGUUAAUGACUGGCUCGCGAGUGGUUUGGGAAAAGGAACUGUAGCUCCUAUCGAGCGUUCAGUGAACCCACCCGCAGGUCAAGAAGAGUCUGGAUCUGGUCGUAUAUUUACCUAUGAUGAACCCUUUCCUUUACUGAAUGUGGUUGCCAAGAUUAAGCAGCUGACUGGAUUACCAUUUGUUCGUGUGGCAACUGCAGAAGCCCACAAAACUGGGUUGAUCAGAACUGUUGCAAUUUGUGCUGGAUCUGGAUCCUCUGUGCUUGGUCCGGUAAAAGCUGACUUGUAUUUCUCUGGAGAGAUGGGACAUCAUGAUGUGCUAGCUGCACUUGCCCAAGGAACCAGUGUUGUUUUGUGUGAACACACAAACACAGAGCGUGGAUACCUCUCAGCAGUGUUGAAACCUGCGCUGGAGAGACAACUUGCUGGAGAACGUUCUGAGUCUGGUGAAAAUAUUGAGGUAGUGGUUAGUAAAGUCGAUAAAGAUCCUCUUGUAAUCGCAUAAAUAAUAAAUAUAUUCUGGAGUAUUUUCUU